CAUAAUUUAAAAAAUCAUAUGAUACAGUAUUAUUUCUUCUUUUCUCUUAGAUUCUGUAGCUAGGCAGAUGAUAUAAACUAACAAUCUAAACGUGGCUUGUCUAUUAGGUAUUUGGCAAGUCUCCAUUUAGCAGUAAAGAUUUGAUUAAAUUGAAAAGACAUUUUUACUAGUUGACAAAUCGAAAAAAUGCGUGAAAUUUGCCAUCUCCAAGCUGGCCAAUGCGGUAAUCAGAUAGGAGCUAAGUUUUGGGAAGUGAUAUCUGACGAGCAUGGAAUAGACCCUACUGGAACUUAUCACGGUGAUUCAGAUCUCCAAUUGGAAAGAAUUAAUGUCUAUUAUAAUGAAGCGACAGGUGGGAAGUACGUGCCGCGAGCCAUUCUGGUGGACCUGGAGCCCGGCACGAUGGACUCUGUGCGCUCGGGUCCGUUUGGACAGAUAUUUCGGCCGGACAACUUUGUGUUUGGUCAGAGUGGAGCCGGCAACAACUGGGCCAAAGGCCACUACACUGAGGGCGCCGAACUGGUCGACUCCAUUCUUGAUGUUGUUCGCAAAGAGGCUGAGUCCUGUGACUGUUUGCAGGGUUUUCAAUUGACACAUUCUUUGGGAGGAGGAACUGGAGCUGUUGAGCACUCUCUUCAAACUUCACUACCUAUCAAUUCUUUUUUGAAUUACGUAUCCGACACAGUAGUUGAGCCGUACAACGCAACCCUGUCGGUGCAUCAGCUUGUGGAGAACACAGACGAAACUUUCUGCAUAGACAAUGAAGCGCUGUACGACAUCUGCUUCAGAACGCUGAAACUGACGACGCCGACCUACGGUGACCUGAAUCAUUUGGUGUCGGCCACGAUGUCGGGCAUAACCACCUGUCUGAGGUUUCCCGGCCAGCUCAACUCUGACCUGCGGAAGCUUGCAGUGAACAUGGUGCCGUUCCCUCGUUUGCAUUUCUUCAUGCCAGGGUUUGCUCCGUUGACAUCGAGGGGAAGUCAGCAGUAUCGGGCGCUGACUGUACCUGAACUGGUUCAACAGAUGUUUGAUGCCAAAAACAUGAUGGCCGCCUGUGAUCCCAGGCAUGGAAGAUACCUUACAGUUGCAGCCAUAUUUAGAGGAAGAAUGUCGAUGAGGGAGGUCGAUGAACAAAUGCUCAACGUUCAAAACAAAAACUCCACAUACUUUGUAGAGUGGAUCCCGAACAAUUGCAAAACAGCAGUCUGUGAUAUUCCUCCGCGGGGACUGAAAAUGGCUUCCACGUUUAUCGGCAACACAACCGCCAUUCAGGAGCUCUUUAAACGUGUCGCAGAACAGUUUGCUGCCAUGUACAAACGCAAGGCUUUCCUCCAUUGGUACACGGGCGAAGGCAUGGAUGAAAUGGAGUUCACUGAAGCAGAAUCCAACCUAACUGAUUUGGUGGCUGAGUUUCAACAGUACCAGGAGGCCAGCGCUGAGGAGGAGGGAGAGUUCGACGAGGAGGAAGAGGGAGGAGAGGAGGCUUGAAAAAUCGAAUCGAAUAAGCAAUCAAAAUGUUUGUUUAGAACUUACCGUGAAAGCAGAAAUGCUGGACUGUGUGUGAAAAUCUGCUGCUUCUAUACUGUAGCUACAAGCAAGUUGUUCUUGUUUUAAAAAUUGUUCAAAUUUUGUUCUUGUUUAUACGUUUUCUCUGGCUUAGUGAUACGUUUAUUUUGUACAAAAUGUUUUUCUAUAAAAUCUUCCUGCUCAUUAUAGAUCUCCAAUGUGAGUGUUGAGUCUUGUGAACGGUUUUUGUCUGUAGAAUUUGAAUUGCCCAAAUAUAGUUUUCUCGUGUAUA